AAAUGUUAUCAAUCGAAUGAUUAUUUUUAUAUUACUUAAAAAGUAAUCUUUAUAAUCUUUACAAUGAUAAGCAAAUGAAUUAUUCCAGAUCUAAACCUAUGGCCGAGUCGUAUAAUUUUUGGAUAAUUCUGAAUGCAAUCAAUAGAAAACAGACGUCAAUUUGACAGCGUUGUCAUUCUUCUGUCAUUUCGGAAUCGAAUCAUUCAUUGUGUGUGAUACUGUGAUAAAAAGCUGAUCUCGUGCGCCUGUUUGUGAAUUUUUUUGCCGAAAUUAUGGCGUUUCUAACAGAUUUCCACAUCAUUCGCAGUGUUUUGUCAAUUUUAUUAUUAACUUUAUUGUCAGUACAAAUUUCAGAAGGAUCAAAAGCGGAAUUUGUAACAUGCGGCUCUAUUUUGAAGAUGAUAAAUACAGACUUGAGAUUGCGGCUUCACUCGCACGACGUGAAGUACGGCUCAGGGUCUGGACAGCAGUCAGUGACAGCAGUGGAUGUAGCAGAUGACUCCAACAGCCACUGGUUGGUGCGGGCUCCCAUGGCGGAGUCAUGCAAACGCGGUGCUCCCAUCAAAUGCAACACCAACAUCAGACUACAACACGUCUCGACCAAGAAGAACCUUCACUCACACUACUUCUCAUCACCAUUGUCUGGCAACCAGGAGGUGUCAUGCUAUGGUGAUGAGGAUGGUGAAGGAGACAGUGGUGAUCACUGGACUGUAGUCUGCAAUAAUGACUUCUGGAGGAGGGAUACCCCUGUCAAACUUAGACAUGUAGACACAGGAGCUUUCCUUGCUGGCUCAGGUCGUACAUUCGGACGGCCAAUCAGUGGGCAGGGUGAAAUUGUAGGUGUAAACUCUCAGUAUGGUGCUUACACUGACUGGCAAGCCAAAGAGGGUCUCUUCAUUCACCCCGGUGAACUAUUACCACACCAACACGCAAUACACUCAGAGUUAUAAUCUGUAAUAUACUUAUUUAUUUGUAUAAUAAUAAACUUUUUGUAAUUUUA